AUGGAUGUUCGAGAUGAAAUUGACAUGAACAAGCUAGGAAAUCCAACGAAAAGCAAAAAUACUGGAAGAUCUAGUAAAGAGCCAAAAAUCGGCACUGAAAAGCAAUCAUACAUGACGGAAACUGGACAAUACAAAAUUGAGAAUGAAAUUGAAACUGAAAAGCAAAUAGACACAGUCCAUGAUAGAGAUGGAAAGACAUCUUCAACUUCUGAGACAGAAGUUCAAAAAACAUUGAGUGAAGUAGAUCAGGAAGGUCCUUCAAAAUCUUUGGGGCAACAUGUUAGUGAAACAACUUUUAGCAAAGAGCAUAAAGCAGAACAACAAAAAAAAGACUGCAGAAAGGGUAGCCGCAACUGCUGCAAAGGCCAGCAAGAAGCUGAGGAAAGGAUAGCUACACCUGCCAUAGCAGCACGAAUAGAAGCUGAGAAAAGGGCACCUGCAGCUGAUGCAGAAGCCAAAAGAGUCGCUGAGGAAAAGCAUGCAUCUGCAACUGAUGCAGAAGCCAAAAGAGUGGUGGAGGAAAAGGCAUCUGCAGCUGAAGCAGAAGCCAAAAGACAGACUGAGGAAAAGGCAUCUGUAGCUGAUGCAGAAGCCCGAAGAGUGGCUGAGGAAAAGGCAUCUGCAGCUGAAGCAGAAGCCAAAAGACAGGCUGAGAAAAAGGUGGUUGAAAAUGUAAAUGUUUCAGAGAGUGAAGAUCAAACCAAUGGUGGUAAUGGCACAAAAAGAGGAAGGAAGACAACAACUAGCAAGAAGAAGACCAUUCAAAAUAUAACUAUUGAUGAAGCACUACAAAAGAAGUUGCACAGCAUAUCAGAUUCAUACAAUCCGAGAAGAAAUACAAGAUCAAUGGUGAAAGUGCAAGAAAAUGUUUGUGCUGAAAUAGUUAGCAAAGAAGAAUUUGAAGGCAAAGAUGUUUCUGAAGUUACUUCCAAAGUAACAAAUACUCCAAAGAAAAGGAAAGGGGCUGAGAAAGAAGAUGAGGAUGAGCCUGUGGAUGUUGAGAUCAUAAAAACAAAAAAGCAAAAAGGAGUUGAGAAAAAAGCAUCUGUUAAAGGAAGAAUUCUUCCUCUUAGGACUGCAAUGAAAAGAAACAAGAAAAAUGAUAUUGAAGAAGUGAGAAAUGAACAGAAAAAAGAGCAAACAGUACCGGUGAAAGAUAGGUUGCUUAUGUUUGAAAAACAAAGACAAAAAAUAGCAUCAAAAAGAACAACACCAAAAGCAAACCUACCUGCUGAAAAGAAAAGAAAGAGGAAAAUAACUGAUGAGGAUUAUGAAGUGAAGGAAGAGAAUGGAAAUGAUGAUAUUCACAAUUCAGAAAACGCUUUAAUUGUGGAACGGGAGGUUUCCCCUUUGGCGAUAAUUACCAAAGAAGUUCCUGCAAGAAAGAAAGCAAAGAAAACAAUCGCUAUUUUCAAGGAGAAAGUAGAAGAAGAAGAAGAAGAGGAAGAAAAAACUGGAGUUAGAGGAGGACAUGGAAAAUUCAUCACUUUCAUUUCCAUGAUGAAUGAACAGAAGAAGGAGGCCGUUCGGAAUAUUGGUCUAGGACCAUUGCUAGAUUUCCAGCUACCUACUUUAUCCCAAUUUGUUACAUGGUUGUGUAACAACUUUGAGGAAAACAGCCAAUAUCUUUAUCCGCCAAAGAAUGAGAAAAUUCUGAUAGAAUUUGAGGAUGUGAAAAAGAUAUAUGGCCUUCCUAGAGGUGAAGUAGACAUAGUUGAGGCAUAG